AUGCGAACUUUCGCUGUAUUUCUACCAUUAUUGGUGGCGGAAUUCGCUGAGGCGUUUCUCGAAAACACACUUCCUUUGUAUUUGUUCAAAGAUCUCAAUGAGCAGGAGAAACCGUCUCCCACAACGACGACGACGACGACUAUUGCAACAGUUCGUCGCGUACCGCCAUACUUCUCAUAUCCGCUCGAUCGUCAGUAUACGGUAGGAAUUGGCGGAAGCAUUAAUUUGACAUGUGUUGCGGUUGGUUAUCCGAUGCCUCGGGUGUUUUGGAAGAAAACCGAUCAAGAACUCCUCGAUGAUCCGAAUUCUGCUCCGAUUGGCAAGAAUGUGUUAACUUUGACGAACGUGGAAUCAACUGAGAACUUUACGUGUGUCGCCGUGAGUGCCCUAGGAAACAUUGAAGCAACUACAACUGUCAUUGCAAAAGAACUGCCGCCUCCGCCAGACGAUAUUCUCGCUUCAUCAAUUACUUCGAAUUCGAUUGUUUUGACAUGGACUCCACCAAACACCAAGGAAACAAUUAACAAAUACGUUGUUAGAUAUAAGCCAAAAUACUCGGAUUCUCGUCGUGGCAAGACCUUGGACACUAUUGAAACGAGCAUUGAGAUCACUAAUCUGACGGCUUUUCAAACUUACGAGAUUACUGUAAGGUCGGUGGGACCAGUUGGGCCGGGCGUGGAAAGUCUUCCGAUCGAAGCUCAGACCCAAGCAGGCAAACCAACUUCGGGUCCAGUUAAUCCACAAGCAAGAUGUCUCGGAAGAGAUUCGGUACUUGUCAAAUGGGGACCAUGCGAUCAUCCGAAUGGUGUUAUCACUGGCUAUAUGGUGUAUUACACCAAUGAAAAGGAGAGUACGCCAUUGAAGAAAUGGCAGAUGAAAGAAGCUAAAUCUGAUGAGCUGAUGACGACUAUUUAUGGAUUAGAAGCUGACACCAGAUAUUACAUUCGUAUUGUAGCUCGGAAUGCUAUUGGCGAUUCUCCACUAUCACCAUUGGUGACAGUUUCGACUCGACAAGGAACACCUGGUCAGCCGACAGAACUUCACGCGAAGCCUCUCGAUUCUCGACGAAUUCAACUUUCUUGGGAAAAACCAUUGUUUUCAUCGCCUGUUUCCGGUUACACUAUUCGCUACAAUACCAGCGACGGGGAAAAGGAAUUAACGCUCACUGUUCCGCAUGAGAAGCACGUUGUUACUGGAUUACAACCGGAUCGUUAUUAUUAUUUUCGUGUGGCGGCUUAUUCCGAUCGAGGACAAGGAGAGUUUUCGGAAGCAUUAAUUGCAAAGACAAUUGCUUCUAUACCCCUUGCAUCACCAAAAAUUACGAAAUGUAUAGCAACAUCUUCGAAAUCAGUUGAAGUUCAUUGGACGAAUCCAGAGAAAACCUAUUUGAACGGAAACCUCACUUCAUUUCGCGUCAGCUAUCGAAUCUUAAAGGAGCGCAGGAAAUCGAUUCAAUAUUCUGAUUCGGAGGACUACGAAGAAGAGGAUGGAGAUGUUGACGAUGCUGAAUAUAGUGUUGUUGUUGUUAGUGGAAACGAAUCAUCGCUUAUCUUGAACCAAUUGCUACCGUAUACCACGUAUGAGGUUACGGUAGCAGCGGCGACUGAGCACGGCUAUGGACCGAAUAGUGAAUCUAGUGUUGUGAAAACGCAUGAAGACGUACCAUCUGCACCGAGAAAUUUCAACGUUGAGCUAACAACGGCGACAUCGGUGAAAUUAACAUGGGAGGCUCCUGCGAGUCCAAAUGGAAAUCUAUUCGGAUAUUAUAUUUAUUUCGAUAAAAUGUUGAAUGGAGAGCCGGUUGUCGAGAAAAACAACAAAAAACGAAUAGUGAUGAUCAAAGAUUCGACGAAACGAUAUUAUGAAAUGGACAAUCUGGAUCCGAACACGGAAUACUCGUUUCGGUUGAAUGCGUUUAAUCGAAAUGGCGAUGGGGAAUUCUCGGAACGAAAAAAUAUUAUCACGCAGGGAAUUGCACCAGAACCACCGGAGAUCGUAUCAGUUGUUUUGGAGAGAGAAGAUGCUCCAGUCGUUGUAAAAGUCGAAUGGAAGACGCCACGAAUGCGACCGAACGAAAGUCCCAUCGAGAAGUAUAACGUAUGGCUCAAACCACAAGGAUAUCACGAUUCAUAUUCAAAGAGGAAGACGGUAGCCGGUACUGAUUCAUCGGCAACAAUCUCUGGACUUUGGAUGGGCGUGACAUACGAUGUAUUGCUUGGAGCUGAAAAUCGCGAAGGAAUGUCGAAGAACGCUAGUGAAUCGAUUGCAACGCCGGUUGGAACUCCCGAUGGCGAGCCGAUAAAUGUGCAGUACGAGAUUCUGAAGGGAGAGAUUGUUGUCUCAUGGCGACCGCCUCCUGAGGAGCAACGAAACGGCAAUAUUUCAAUGUACAAAGCAGUUUUGACACCGAUGGACGAGAGCAAUGACAGAUACGAGAAAACGGUAACCGCUCCGGAAACCACUGUCAAGUAUAAAGUGAACGUUCGCCGGCCGUACUUGUUCAAAGUCGCCGCUGCCACAAUGAAAGGUCUCGGACCAUUCUCGCCGGUGCUUAACAUCAACCCCGAUCCAGCAGGUUAG